AUGGCGCCUGAUCGUCGGGCGCGCCUCCGCGCCUGGUCAAACUCGUUCUUUGGCCGUGAUCCUUCACCCCACCAGGAUAAGAAAGCGAGUGCUCUGCAUCACCUGGCUUCGGCAGGUCUCGAUCUUGUUAUUACGCCUACUGAGGAGGAAGUAUGGGCGGAACAGGCUCGAAAUGCGGCCUCGACUGUCCUCCAGGAGCUGGAAAAGGUGUGCAGCGUUGAUCCUUUGCAGCCCGGCCAGCUGCCACGAAGGAUCACGAUAGAGGUCGUGGACGAUGCCCAGUCCGAGAAUGGAGUCCACCCCAUCACCGGCGUGGACGACAAUCCAUUCGAUCCCCACGCACAGACGGAAGACGACGAGAGCUACUACGAUUUCGAGGAGGACAUAUAUAUUGUCAAAAAUGAGGAGGGCAAAAUCUUUAGCCGAGCCAUGAUCGACACUGGCAUGGAUGGGAAUGCAAUCAGCGUCGAGAAGGCCAGGCUGACAAACAUACCAAUCGAGCCUUGGACCGGAGGCCAGCUUCGUGAUGCCGACGGAGAGCCCUUCAAGCCAGAAGGGUUACUGAAAGCUCAGUUCCAUUUCAGUGGCAAGAUGCAGACCAGCCGAAGCUGGCUGGUCGAGUUCAUGGUCCUACACAAUCCUCCGUUCGACGUUGCCAUUGGCAGGCAGUUUAUCAACUCGGCGAGACUCUUCAAGAAGAGCGACGUGCUCCUUCCCAUCGUGGUCGACAAAGCCAAGGAUGCAAAAGCUCAGCAGAUCAGCAACCAAAACGCGAAACGUGAGAGCGAUCGCCAGAAGGAAGAGGAAAAAAGGCGAAAAGAGCAGAUCCGCCGGAGAGAGAGGGAGAAGGCAGGUAAAAAGUGA